AUGUCAAUCCCCGAUGCUGCUGGUAUCAUCGCAAUUAGAGAUGCUGGGUACACAGCCACUCUCAUGACGGCGGGUGUGGGAGCUUGGGUCGGCUACGACUACCUCCUUACCGUCGGACGCGAGUCACGCUUGUUCUGGAGGCGUAAAGUGAACGCGGCCUCGAUACUAUUCUAUACAAACCGCUACCUCGCACUGUUCUACUACGUCGCUCUUGCCUACUACCGAAUCAUAUCAUUUCCGUUCCCAUACGAUGUCGACAUAGGAAUCAGGUAUAUGGAGUACCUCCCAUGGGCAGUCUUCUCUGCUUUGCGCGUGUACGCCCUGAGUCACAAGAAUUGGGCUCUGAGCGUGUUCACUUUCUUUUGCUCCGUUAUCGCCCUUCCUCUGAACUAUUAUGCGACAACGCCCUCUUUCCUCAGCCUCAUUGUUGUCAUCCGCGGAGGCCAGAUCAUUGCUGACGCAAUCGUCAUCGGAGUCACAUGGAAGGCGACGUACCAAGCUCGUAGCGAGCGGUCCAUGUCCUAUUUGAUGACAGUCAUGUUCAAGAAUGGCAAGUGCACCGUCCGUCUGGCACGGCUCUAG